CCUGCCGCGAACACCCUCUGGGGUCUUGGAAGUUAAUCCUGCCGUCUUACUCGAGUUGCCACGCGUCCAUCCCGCUCUCCUUCCAAGAAUGCCUUGGCGAACCGCCAGAAGGCAUUGUGGGCAUCGACGGCCUUUCAUGCCAAGGGCGCAACGCCACCUGAUAUCUCUUGGCUCUUCGAGAUAGUCGAUGACGGAAUCCUUGGUAUCGGGACGGACGGUAGGUUGGCCAGAGCGUCAAUGUGAGAUCCCAUGGGUUUAUAUAUUUAGCCACAACCCCGCGUGGUAAGAAUGUAACAGACCUCCAAUCACCUCUUUUCUAGAUUUCCAACAAGCAAAUCUACGCCCACAUUUUACAAUACACGUACAGUCGUUAUCAACUAAAUCCCAGAUAUUUCUUUACUGGGGAACGGAUCCGUUCCUGGGUAGAACGAAUUGCGCCCAACAUGGGUAAGCAAGGCGGAAGAGCCGAACAAAACUACGCAAAACAGCCGUUUUUGCUGUCAGUGGAUGAGAUCGCCGAUCAUCUUCAGACGAAUAUCGACUCGGGCUUGAGCAACGCUCAAGUCCAGCAAUAUCAGGAGAAAUAUGGCCCAAAUAAGCUCGUGGGCGAUGGAGGAGUUUCCUGGUACUCAAUUCUGGGAAAGCAGAUUUCAAAUGCUAUGAUAUUGGUGUUGGUGCUUGCAAUGGCACUAUCUUACGGCGUCGAGGACUUCGUUGAAGGAGCCGUCAUCACGGCGGUCAUCGUCCUCAAUGUUCUUAUCGGCUUCUACCAGGAGUUCCAGGCCGAGAAGAAAAUGGAUGCUCUACGAUCGCUUUCCUCACCUUCCGCAAAUGUCAUGCGCGACGGAAACGAGACGACCAUUCCAUCUGGAGAAGUGGUGCCUGGCGAUAUCGUCUCCAUCAAAACUGGAGAUACUGUGCCCGCUGACCUGCGGAUGUUCGAAGUCAUGAACUUGGAAUGUGACGAGGCCAUUCUGACCGGCGAAGCACUCCCAGUAGCCAAGGAAGUCGAGUUCGAGGCGAAGCACGGCACACUCAAGGAGGAGCUCGGCCUAGGUGAUCGACUCAAUAUUGCUUACUCGUCGGCGACUGUCACAAAAGGCCGCGGCCGGGGUAUCGUCGUGUAUACUGGAAUGUCGACCGCCAUUGGAGGAAUUGCCGCUUCGAUGCAAGGCAAGAAACGCAAACCGAACCGCUCUAUGUCACGAAAGAAAUAUGGUCCAAUGCAGCCUAUAAAAGGAGCAGCCCUUCGAGCUUGGGAUGGUGCUGGCAAGUUCCUUGGUCUCACGGAAGGAACCCCUCUUCAGAUCAAGCUUAGUAAACUGGCCUACGUCCUGUUUGGCUGCGCUAUCCUGCUUGCCAUCAUUGUCUUCGGGGUCAAUCGGUUCAACGUGACAAACGAAGUCGCCAUUUAUGCCAUCUCGACCGGUAUCGCUAUCAUUCCGGAAUCUCUGAUUGCUGUUCUCACAAUCACAUUUGUUGUCGGAAUGACCCAGAUGAGGAAAAGGAAGGUUGUGAUCCGUCAACUCAGCGCACUCGAAGCUCUUGGUGGCGUUACGAAUAUUUGCUCAGACAAGACCGGGACUUUGACUCAAGGCAAGAUGGUCACUCGGAAAGCCUGGAUUCCUGGAGCUGGCAUCUACAGUGUGGAAAACUCGAACAAUGCUUCAGACCCGACCGAGGGCACAAUCACUUUCGGCAAGGCUCCGAAGUCUCGCAAGGAAGCCGAAGCCGAGCGGCAAGCUAGACAGGAAGCUCUUGAUCGCGAGCGAAGCGUCGCCGGUGUGGUCUUUGAUGUUCCGAAUGAAAAGUUGCAGAAAGACAAUGAAAAAGGCCCAGUAACCGAGACAGACGUCGAGAAGGAUCCCGAGGUCAUGCCAGAGCUCCAGGCGUUUCUUGAGUCCGCGGCUCUUUGCAACCUAGCCACAGUUCGCAGGGUCAACGAAGACGGCCAAGAGCAAUGGAAAACAGCUGGAGACCCCACCGAGAUUGCUCUUCAAGUCUUUUCACACCGAUUCAACUAUGGCAAGAAGACACUACAAGAGGAUCACGGUUGGGCACAAAAGAUGGAGUUCCCCUUUGACAGCUCGAUCAAGCGCAUGUCUGUUGUGUACCAGAAACCAGGUGAAGACCACUCAACCAUCUUUACCAAAGGAGCUGUCGAGCGCAUCAUUGACCUGUGCACAUCUGUUGGCAUUGGCGACCAUGAACAGCAAAUGACGCCCGACUUCAAGGAAAGCAUCCUCGAGCAAAUGACCUUUCUCGCCGAACAAGGCCUGCGCGUGCUCGCCGUGGCACGCAAAUUCACACCCCUCGAAAUCGUCGAGCAUUCUGACAUUGACCGCGCCGAAGUCGAAAAGGACCUAUGCCUCCUCGGUCUUGCCGGCCUCUACGAUCCUCCUCGUCUUGAAACCAAGGCCGCGGUCCAAGCUUGCACAACCGCCGGCAUCACCGUGUCCAUGCUGACCGGCGACCAUCCCUCCACCGCCACUGCCAUCGCCAAAGAAGUGGGCAUCAUCCCCAAGAACAUGGGCCAACUCGCACCCGACGUGGCCGCGGCCAUUGUCAAAACGGCCGCGGAAUUCGACAAAAUGAGCGACGCCGAAAUCGACGCCCUUCCAACAUUGCCUCUCGUCGUGGCUCGCUGUGCCCCCGAGACAAAAGUGCGCAUGAUCGAAGCGCUGCACCGCCGCAAGAAAUUCGCCGCCAUGACAGGCGACGGCGUCAACGACUCCCCAUCGCUCAAACUUGCCGACGUCGGUAUCGCGAUGGGCCUCAACGGCAGCGACGUCGCCAAGUCAGCGUCCGACAUUGUCCUGACGGACGACAACUUCGCCAGCAUCGUUAACGCGAUCGAAGAGGGACGCCGCAUGUUCGACAAUAUCCAGCGCUUCGUCCUACACUUGCUCACGUCCAACGUUGGCGAAGUCAUCCUGCUGAUUUGCGGGCUAGGAUUCCAGGAUAGCACGGGCUUCUCUGUGUUCCCGCUCUCGCCGCUGCAGAUCCUCUGGAUCAACAUGCUAACGUCAUCGUUUCCUGCGUUCGGGCUCGGACGCGAGAAAGCCUCGCCGGACGUCAUGGAGCGCCCUCCGCAUGAUAACAAGAAAGGCGUCUUCACCUGGGAACUCAUCACCGACAUGCUCGUGUACGGCACGAUUCAGGGCACGUGUUGCCUUAUGACGUUCAUUUUCAUCGUCUACGGACCAGGUCCAGAUGGGCUAGGUGUGGAUUGUAACCGUACGUACAACGAUACGUGCGACGUGGUCUUCCGCGCACGAGCGGCUGUGUUCGCGGAACUCACGUGGUUGAUUCUGAUCUCGGCGUGGGAGUUCAAGGCCAUGCGUCGGAGUAUGUUCAGGAUCAACCCGCACGAUACGAGGGCGUUUCCCUUUUUCGCGGACAUUUGGGAGAAUCAGUUCCUGUUCUGGUCGGUGGUCAUUGCGUUUUUCUCGGUGUUUCCGGCCGUGUACAUCCCGGGACUGAAUACCAGCGUGUUCAAGCACAAGGGGAUCUCGUGGGAAUGGGCGGCCGCACUUGUCUGCGUGUUCGUGUUUGUGUCGGGCAUGGAGACGUGGAAGUACGUCAAGCGUGCGAUGGGUUGGUUCCAGCAGGAGGAGACGGAGGGCAUGAAGGUGAGAAGACGCCAGCGCUCGGCAUUGAAUCUGCGGCAGGGCUUCUUUACGAUGGCGAGGAGCUUUACGAAGAGCAAGUCGGAGGAGAAAAGGACGGGAGCAGAGCAGGGUGAGAAAGAGCCUCCGCGUGGCACUGUCAUGCCGAGGCUUCUGGAGGAGGUCUGAAUGUAUAAUGCGACUGUUUUUGUUUACGACGUUGUGAAAGUUUUGGGUGGUACCUAGGUAAUCAUGCUGUGUUCCAAUAGUAUCUGAUACUGCGGGUUGAAUCCACAACAUUUGUUGACUUUGUCCAACA